ACAACUAUAUCUUUUAUUGACAACAUAAGUUUUUUUUACAGUAGCACGAAACUUGUAUCCCGUUGCAAUUUAACAGUAAGCCAGACAAUAUUGGCAUUAGCUCAGAAAUUAACUGACAGUACCCAUGGAGUCGAUAAAAUGUGAUAUCAAGGAGAAAGACGCGGUGAAAUUCAAAGUUAAAGGUCGCGAAUUUCCUUCAUUUUAUUCGCCAACCGACGAAGAGGAAUCAGACCAGGAUAAUCACACGAAGAACAACGAGACUGUGUUACCAUUUUCAGCGUAUACAUCACCUGUUGUUAAUGUUUCUCCCGUUAAUAACAAACCACAUGUUCUCAAAAGCCCCGAGAGAAGUCAAGGAUAUUCCCUGGUACGACCCAGAAGAAUGGUACCAGCAAUGUAUAGAACUGGAAAAUUGACUACACAGUUGAACAGAACUCAAAAUAUGCUGUCUCCUGUUACCACCAAACUGAUGAGGCUAAAGCAAAAGAAUGAUAGAACUCCUAACACACUUUUACGCAUUGAGAGACAUCGACAGAAUGAAAGGGUGCGACAUCACACACUGAAUAAGUCUAUGAUGAAUGUUUGCAAUAAGGUUCCUGGGAUUGGAAACUUUCUGAAAGAAACUAAGGUGGUAAUGAUGCAAAGGAUCAUUGCCUAUAUCUGCUACCUGGAAAAUACAUUACAAAGUGUAUGUGAUAACUUGGGAUUCCGAAUUUCACAACUCCGACUUCCUACAAACCUCCUCACUGAGCAAUGGCAGCCAAAUGCAGAUCGAUCAAAAGCAAAAGUGUCAACCAGUGGAUUUUCUAAAGGAAGCAGACUAAAAGUAAACUUAAAGGAAAGCAUUGGCUCAUGUGUGAGACCAUAUCGGACACGGAAUAAGUUGCUGAAGCGACUAGAACCAAUUGCCAAGCGUCAUCUGAAGGUAUCUUCUCCUACCAUUGACUCCACCACAGAUAAUGCUGCUCUGGAAAUCAAACAGAAUCUGCUGGAAUCCAGUGAUUUUGAACUUCCACAAGUGAAGGAGGAACCUGUAGACUACAAUAGUUCCAGUGGCACAAUGGAUUUUCAGUGUAUUCAGAAGCCAUAUGGAGAUGAUAUGGAUGUAUUCCUUGACCACAAUGCCUGUACAGCACCAUCCACAAUGGAGGACACACCUUCUUACUUUACUGAAGACUUCCUCCCAACAUCAACAACCCUUGACAACUUCCCUGAUGCCUUUGAUCUGAUGUCAAGUCCUCUUGGAGCCAGGUCUAAAUAUCUCUUGCUAAGUCCAAAGGUGCGAGCAAUGGACAGUCUCACAGAUUUUGGAAUUAGAAGUGACAAAAAAGACUUUGUUGAGCAAUGGGAAAACAUCCAUGAAAUGAGAACCAUCUCUCCUGAAUGUGUCCUUCCGACCACUCCUAGCCCUCGUGUCCAUUCUACACUGCAUGACAGCUUUGGCUUCAGGACCUUUCACCAGGUGACACCCUACCUGUCGCCGGAUGCUGAAAUUCUCCGCACACCAGACAAGAGUACAUUGAAGCUGAAGAACAAAAGGAAGCAGUAUACCCCUCACCGGUCACCAUUCCAUAACCUCACAAACUUUGGUAGUCAGUCCACUAUGGCAUCCACAGACAGUGAUGAAGAUCAGCCUUUGCCCUUGGUGAUUCCAAGACACCGGAAGCCACGAACUCGUCCUCCAAUGAUCAGACCUUCCAAGAUUGAUGAAGAUUUUGUCUCCUAUGUACCAUACAUCUGGAAGUUCCACAACACUGCAAUCACACGCAGACAGAAAGCCGAGGCAGCCAGACUAGAGGCUCAGCUGUUUUCCUCCACUUCAGACACUUGUCAGACAGAUCAGACGCAUGAUGAGCACUUAGCAAUGAACAGACCAAUUAAAAUUGACCACCGGAAAACAACAUGGAUGAACGGCUUCAUGAUGUUCAGUAGACUCAACAGGAGGACGUUUAUUGAUGCUAACCCUGGUAUCCACACAUCCCACAUCAGCAAAAUGAUGGGACAUGCCUGGAGGAACAUGUCGCCACAAGAACAGCAGCCCUACAAGGAUCAAGCCAAGGACUAUGCUCGGCGUAUGCAGCCAGGAGACAGUGGGGUCCCAUCACAGGACAAUAUAUCCCCAACACCUAUAGUCUCUAGUAGUGGACUUAAUGCAUCUCUCGGCAACAGUGAUGCUGAUAGUGUAAAAAUACCAUGUUCUAUCACCGACUAGGGCCUUUCUGAGUCAAAUCAACUGUUAUCUCGCAUCAGCGUGCUUCAAAAAUUUACAAAAUCCAUCAACGUUUUGCAUCAAUGGAAUAUCAAGGCAAAUCCACUGAAACAUUUUGUCAUAUUUAACAUGAAGUCUUGGUAUUAUGUAGGUCUUUAUAUGCUGCGAUCAGUGUAUGAAAUAAUGACGAUUUUGACUUCAUACUUGAGUAUACUAUAUUGCACACAUUAAUAUAUAAUACUUUUUGUAUGAAACAAAAAAAAAUAUGAAAAAAUAAAAAAUACAUUGAACCUGCAGUCAGUUUGAAGUUGGAUAGUUUGAACAUAUAUUUUUUUCAAUGAAAAUAAUUAUUUUCUAGAAAAUGUUAGUUCAAACUCUGGUUGUUUACAACUGACUAUUUUGGAUAUAGUCUGAACAUGUCAAAUAAGGAACGUAAAGUAAACAUUAAAAAAAUUCUGCAACUCUAUUGAAAGCUCGCAACGAUCGGCCUAGAAAGAUUUUGAUCAACAGACAAGUAUAGGGUAAUGGAUUAUAUGUGUGAUCAUUGCAGUAUGUUUGUGACAGAAAAAACUUUUUCAUAUAUUUUGACUCAUUUAUAAUAAUAUUAGACAGAUAUAGAUUACUCUUUGCCGAGAUUUUCGCCGAUAGUGACUUGGAUAGGUCUGACUCGCGCUUAUUUUCCGAAGCAUAAUUUCAUAUAUGUAAUACAAACAAGUUCAUCAAUAUUUAUUUUUGUUCAAACUGACCAAAGGUUUACCAUAUAUCAUGUCAGAGUGAAACAUAAAUUCUAAUGAUGGAAUUUAUAUAUGGUAUAUAACAUCAGUGAACACAGGGGUGUUAGGGUAAGGUACUAUAGAUAUACUGUACUCCAGAACUGCAAAGGCAGUAUAUAUUGGCUGCUUGAUUUUGACAUCAUAUUUUCACUUUUGAUGCUCAUAUCAAUGAUAUAACUUAAGAUCAGUUUUAACAAAAUGUAAACUUACAGUAUUCUUUAAAAAAAAAUAUUUUCACUUCAGUUGAGGUCUUUGGUUUAUAUAAUAUAGUCCAUCAAUUUGUUUGUCACAAAAUUAUGGUUGUUAGAUUUUUGUCUCAAUAAAAAAAACCCAGUACUGUACCUGGUAAUAUGCAUGUAAAUUCAUUAAAAGCCUACAUACAAAUGGCUUGAUAUGAGCUACCGGUAAUUAUGUAUAAACUAUACUUUCUGGGUCAAAUCAUACAACUUAGUACAUUGUAUCAAGCAUCUAUCUAUGUCUUGUCACCUUUUUUGUAUCAUGCUUUGUCUUUAAUUUAAUUGGGAAAUAGAAUCACAAAUCAUGAUGAUUUAUGUUUGGAUUAAAAUGAUAAAGCAUGGAGAAUGUAAAAUUUUACUCAUGUUGAAAAUUAAACAGGUGCUUUCAAAUUUGUAUUUGAAAUAUGGAGUGAAAAUUCAUAUGUGUGCUAGCAAUAAUAAUGUAUCUUCAAGCAAAAAUAUACUGACAUUGGUGUUUGUAAAAUGGUAGUCUUUUUCCAUGUACAUAUAUGUAUGGAAUUCUCUCGGGGUGAUUAUGAACACUGUCUUUAAAAGAGUUUGUAAGCAAGCCACAAGUCUUUUAUAUUAUGGAGUCAUCAGAUUUUAGGUCAUCAUUUCCUUUUCAUAAAUACAAUAAUGAAAUUCUUGAAUCGUGUACAGUUUAAGAAAGUAUAUCUGAAACUGAAGAAGGGUUAAACAGAGGUUCUCUCCAUAGCUUUGCUCCAAUGUGUACCCUAGAUUUUGAAAUUCUGUAAUGCUGCUGUGAUCCUUUCAUUUCAAGGAAGUAAAAUUUAAAAUACUGUAGAUCACUUUAUUUAUACACAUACUUCAAUUUUCUGAACAACAAUAUUUAACCUGCAUUACGUCCAGGGUGCCGUGUAAUCAUUUCUGUGUACAUCAACUCUGAAAGGGCCACGGUGGCUAAGUGGUUAAUGUGUCCCAACACUUUAUCACAAGCCCUCCACCUCUGGGUUGCGAGUUCGAAACCCAAUUGGGGCAGUUGCCUGGAACUGAUCGUAGGCCGGUGGUUUUUCUCCGGGUACUCCGGCUUUCCUCCAACUUCAAACCAGGCACAUCCUAUAAAUGACCCUGACUGUUAAUAGGACGUUAAACAAAAUAAACCAAAGUAACUCUGGAGAGAAGAGGAUGCUUACUUAGGUACUGCUUAUAACUGUCAAAGAUUUAGACAAAUGAAUCUACUUGUAAUAAACAAAUAUAUAUAUCAAUUAUCUUUGGUAAAAAUUAAAUUCUAAUAAUCUACAGUAAUCGGUGGUUACAUUUACCAAGAAGGGACAUUUCAUACAAUAUGUUCAAAAUCAUAAUUAUGCAGAUCAAGAUAUGAUUUUAAUAA